AUGUUAUUCAUUUAUUUAAGUAUUCUUGCAUGUGUUUUUAUUCCAAUUAUUUCUUGUCAAACAAUUUAUGAAUUAUUAGAUUCAUUUAGAUUUUUAAAUGAAGGUACAAUAUCAAGUUCGGAUAUUUAUGAAUAUCAAUAUGAAUUUACAUUCUAUACAGAACCAGAAAAUGUAACACGAGAAAAAUUUGCAUGGGUAGAAGAAGUUGUUCGACCAUAUUUAUAUCAAAAAGAUCCAAAUAAAUCUUUACAAUGUAAUUCAAAUCCAUUAUUAUCAGGUACCGAUUUACCAGGCGCGGAUUUUUUAUCAAUAAUACCAUCAUUAGCUGAUCCGUCUCAUUGCAAUACAUUAUGUUGUACGUAUAUGUCGUGCGCUGCAUGGUCAUAUGCUUCCUUAGCACCAUCAGAUUUUAAUGGUUGUAAAAAAGGACAACCAUGCUGUUAUUUAAAAACUUAUAUACCAGCAUCUGUUCCUAAUCAAAAUAUUAUAUCUGCAACGAUGAAUCGUACAUUUCCAUAUCAUCCGCCCAGUGGACUAAGGUCAGCUGUACCAUUAGGUGGUAUAACAACAGGUUCAAUUGAAUUACGUGGUGAUGGAACAUUUCAUGAAUGGACAAUUGAAAAUCAAUCACCUGCUGCUGCAGCAAAAUUUGGUGUUGUUGAUGAUGCAUUAUUAGCAAUUCGAUUAAAAAAUUUACAAACAAAUGAAAAUCAUACUCGAUUAAUACGUACACAUCCAAAUCAUAAUUUCAAAGGUAUAGACGCUAUUAGAUAUUAUGGAUCAUAUCCUGUCAGUAAAUUGGAAUUAAUUGAUUAUAAAUUAAUAGCAAAUAUGGAUUUAUAUGCUUAUUCAAUACUUAAACCAGGUGAUUUAAAUCGUUCAAUGACACCAGCUAUUAUUUAUUCAUUAAACAUCGAAAAUCCAAAUGAUUAUCCAAUUGCUAUUGAUUUUAUGUAUAAUGUACCGUUAUCAGUGCAAAUUGAUCAAACAAGACUUUCUAAAAAUAUAAUACAACAAAUAAUAAGUGAUACAUAUAUACAAUGUAUAUCAUUUUGUGAUCAAAAUAACUUAUGUGCUUCAUGGAAUUGGCAUAUUGUUAAUAAUCAAAAUACAUGUCUUGUUUAUGGUAUUGGAGGAAAACCAGGGGUUACAUCACAUUAUGGUUUUCAUAUGGUCUUAUGGCAUUUACCAUUUGCAAUUACAGGUCAAUAUACAGAUUUAUCGAAAGGUAUAUUAUUAUUUUCACCUAAAUUACGAUCACCAUUUAUUUUGCCUGUACUUAUACCAAAUAUUCUUGGGUCAAUAAGUGCAACUCCAACAUUAAAUAGCCAAUCAUCGUAUACAUUUACAUUAGCAAUUGGAAAUUUAUCUUUGAAUCUACUUGCUAUUAAUAAUGUGAAAUAUCCAGGAAGUAUUCAUCUAACAGCUGGACAAUCGGUACAAUGGAUUGGAUGA